AUGUUCCGCGCCCCCAGGAGCUUCUCGACCUCGGCCAGAGUACACCCUAGUUUCCUGCCUCACCUGCGCAACUCCCGCCGCAUGCCCUAUCGCUGGUUCGUCUCCGUCGCAGCCAUCUCGGGCGCUGCCUACGCCGCCAAGGGGUGGCUCGACCGCGCCGGCGCACGCCGCAGCCAAGACGCCGAGCGCGCCGAACGCGACGCUGCCGAGCGCCAGCGCCGCAACGACGCCCUCAUGGACGUCUACGGUGACCGUUCCAACCUCGAGGCCCUCGAGCAGGCCGUCAAGUUUUACGAGAAGAAGGAGCGAUAG